GCGAAAGAACAGCCUGAGUGGCUGGCUACUCUAUGUUCGUAUACUUCGUAGGGCAAACAAUCAAAAACGGCAGUUAGAGAUUGACGUCGAUCAUAGCACAACAUACAUUAUAGCGAUUCAUGCGGCGGGACACAAUUGCGCGAGCCUUUCGAAGCGCAAGAGAACAAGUUUGAAAUAAAAGUUUUGGAAAUUUUUCCAUUAAAAUCAUGCCAAAUUUCAAAUAUAAACCUUUAAAGUCAAGUGAAAAUGAAGAUAGCCUCCAGGCGACGACACAGUGCAGUGAUGAAGAUGCAGCUUCGGAACCCUUUCACGUACAUAUCUCAAUGAAAUUAUUGAUUUUUAUUUUUUUACUGACACAACUUGUAUAUGUCGCCUAUGAAAGUGAAUACUACAAAUUCUCCAGUGGCAAUCAGAACACUACAUUGAAUGUGAAAAACGUUGGGGAUUAUAACGAACUUGAUACUAGUACAAUAAAAUUUCAACAACAUCCGGUUGUUGAAUUUGUUGGCAAUCUUUCGGAAGAUGCCAUCAACAAUAAAAAUAUUAAUAAUAAUUAUAAAAUAAUAACAAAUUUAUCUAUAAGUGGAAACAAUAGUAAAUAUUAUGAUUAUGACGAUAGUGAUGAAGAUGAUGGAUACAUUGGCACGAUGGGCAUGUCGACAUCAUCACAAUUAAAAAUAAAUAAUACGAAAACAACAGAUUUACUAAUUACCCUAAACAAUAAAACACUUGUGGUCACAACGCCAUUAAAUGGCAUUCGCUAUGAAUCAGCAGCAGAUGAUCCAAGGAGUACCCAGGCAUCUAGUACUACAAAAAGAAACGACUACACAGAACAUGGUGUAACUACAAUAUCUAAUUACUAUGGUACAACUUUAUGGAAGAAGAACAUCACAGAAAUUACCUCAACUACCUCAAAACCUAGGAGUACGACGAAAACAACAACCACAAUAAAAUCUGAAAAAUUGCUGACACCACACAACAGCACUGAUGUGCAAACACAGCGUAAGUUUUACAUCAACACUUCUAGAUGCCACAUGCCAUACGUUGACCCAUUUACACCGGCAAUUAAGAAACUGUUCAGACCCAGCCUCAAGACGGGUUGUACCAAAGACGAACCCAUCAUCAGUGUUAAAUUCGAUAACAAAAACAAGGUAUACAAAUUGCAAACAAAUUAUACAGUGGCACAAAAAUUUAUCAAAAAAGCUACUGUCGAAACUAUUGUCGACGACUUGCGUUGCUGUUAUCGGCAAAUAGAGCGCAGCGGAAGUGGCAGCAGCGCUGAUUCGAAAUACAAAUUAUUGCCCUGUACACUGUUCCAUCAGAACUUUACUGUGCCGAAACAUGUCAACGGCAUUAUUGUGGACUGUUCAUCGAAAUCUUUGAAUAAAGUGAUACAACAGGAUGCCUUCACAUUUAUACAAGUCAAUAAGAAUAGGACAGAGACAUUCUCAAAAAAAGAUGCACCAAAAGUGGGAAUAAUUAUGUUUGGCAUUGACAGUUUGUCAAGGAUGAAUUUUCGUCGUACGAUGCCAAAGACAUUCAAAUACCUGGUGGAUAAGGGAUGGUAUGAAUUGAAAGGAUAUAACAAGGUUGCGGACAACACCUAUCCCAAUUUGAUGCCCGUCCUCGUUGGCUAUGCCAAUGGAAAUGCCAUCGAAUUGUGUAAGCCUAAAACUCCAGGUGGCCUAGAUAAUUGUACCUUUAUAUGGAACCACUUUCGUGAUUAUGGCUUUCCCACAGGCUAUGCCGAGGAUACGUCCUCAAUUAGUACAUUUAAUUAUUUAAAAAAAGGAUUCAUGAAACCACCCACCGAUCAUUACUUUCGACCCACUGGCAUGGCCAUAGAAAAAAACAUGAAAAUCGUGCGGAAAGCUGCUGAAAAUUAUUGCAUUGGACGUCGCCAAUAUGGGGAGUAUAUUUACGAUUUUGGUGUGGAAUUUGCCAAGCGUUAUCGCAAUCAAACACAUUUUGGAUUAUUCUGGACCAAUUCCUUUUCACACAAUUCCUAUGAUACGACGGCAUCAAUGGACAGUCGAAUGUUGGAGUAUUUCGAAGAGUUAGAACGGGAGGGUAUUAUGGAGACAUCCUUCGUGUUUUUCUUUAGCGAUCAUGGCAGGAGAUGGGGUCCAUUAUUAAAAUUACCGGAGGGCUUUUUGGAGGAACGUUUGCCAAUGUUUUUCAUAUCAACACCGAAAUGGUUUAAGGAACGGUAUCCGGAGUUGUCAAGGAAUCUGGAGGUGAAUCAAAGACGUUUGUCGUCGAAUUUCGAUGUGCAUAUGACGCUACAACAUUUGUUGGAGUUGGCCACAUUGAAUGAGUAUAAAUCCAUAGAGACUUUAGAUUGUACCAGCGCACAAUCCUUGUUUUACGAAAUACCCGAGGAAAGGGAUUGCCAUGCGGCUUGUGUACCGGAAACGUGGUGUACUUGUUUGCCCUACAUCACCCAGCCGACCACGGAUGCGUUGGUCAAAAAUGUAACGUCUUUGAUAUUGGCGGAGAUGAAUAAGUGGUUGGUGGCUAGAAAUCUAAGUUCACUGUGCAGUGAAUUAAGCCUUAAUGGCAUUUCCAGUGCCUUUUUGCGCGAUCAUGAUCCAGCAAUGUUGUCUUCGUCCUCAGCAUCACCUGACAUGGCAACAUAUCGCAUUGAAUUCACUACCAAACCGAAAACAUCGCCAACUACACAAUUUAGUGCCACCGUGGAUUACGAUAUUAAGAAUAGACGCAUAAGCCUCAAUGUGGAGGAUAUAGGCCGACACAGCAAGUACGAGAAGACGGCGAAAUGUGUCGACGAUAAACAGGCAAAAAAAUAUUGCAUCUGCAAAAACUCAUUGACCUAAUGGCAGAAACGAUAAACAAAAAGUUGGUUGUUAAGCUGGCUUAUAGAAGAGUGGAAAUCUCGGGGGAACAAGGAAAUUCAUCUGAGAUUUCUUAUCACCAAACAGGAAUAUGAUCACAGGACAGAUCCCCAAACAACGACAGCCGCAGCCAACCACAAAUCUUUAAUUUACCCACUUAUGUUUAAUUGUUCUGCAGCAAAGAAGCAAUAAAGGAAUGAGUUCUAGUUCCGGUGGUUAAAUCGACCACUACAUCCACCACCACUACUACCGACAUCAUCAUCAUCAUCAUUGCCACACUAUCGAUGACCAAUCUGUGAUAAAUAAUUGAGUGUGUGUUGCACAGCACAUUCCAUAUCAGCUGGCUGGUCGAACUAGCCAGCCAGCCAAACGCUUGCCUGGCUAUCUUCUCAAGUACCUAACAAGGUUUUGCGAUCAUUGCCACCACCGAGUACUGUAAUCCCCUUAGAAACCUCUCAAUAAAUAGUUUAGUAAAUAGUUUUAGUUUCAAGUGUCAUUGUAAACUAAAGUUCCACUUAUGCGAUGCGCCGUUAUCGCUGAUCUAAAACCGCUGAUAAAUUACUGAAGAAGUAGAAUCAGUAAAAUAAAUAAAUGACAAAUAGUUGUUAACAAAUUACAACAAA